AUUUCAGCUCUUUGGGUGAAAGAACUCGCACUUCCGGUAUCUCCCAAAUUGAACUGAUCGGACCCGUGAAAGCUGUGUGGUAUCUUCCUCUCUGUGUCAACAUCACUAAAAAUGUCUGCAGGUCCUGCUGUGGUGAUGAGGGUGGUGGCUUCAGCCUAUGCUGUGGCUGAGAAGGCCGGGGCCAUUGUGAGGAAGGUGCUUCACAGUGGAGAGCUUGGCAUUGUGGAAAAGACCGGAGCGAACGAUCUGCAGACACUGGCAGACAGACUGGCACAGCAGAGCAUCUGUGCGUCACUUUCCAGACGUUUUCCGAAACUCACCAUCAUCGGAGAGGAGGAGCUUCCAGCUGAGGAAAUAAAGGAAGACCUCAUUGAGAGCGGCCACUCAGAGGAAAUCCUUCAGAAGACAUGUCCAGCAGAGUAUAGCGGGCUGAAAGAGGAGGAGCUAGUUGUGUGGGUCGAUCCCCUCGAUGGCACAAAGGAAUACACUGAAGCGUCGAGGUGUCUCCACCACCACACUGAGGCCCAGAUACCAAACAAAUGGUCGGACACCUCUCAGCUUCACAGCACAGCUCUCUGGCUCCUGGAUAAUGUGACGGUGCUCAUUGGUAUCGCAUACGGAGGCAAAGCUAUAGCAGGUGUCAUCAACCAGCCUUUCUACAACUACCAGCUCGGAGCAGGAGCCACUUUAGGAAGAACCAUGUGGGGAAUGCUGGGAUUGGGCGCCUUUGGAUUUCAGCUGCAGGAAGUUCCAGGAGACAAACGCAUCGUCACCACCACACGUUCCCAUAGCAACAAGCUGGUAACGGACUGUGUAGACGCCAUGGAGCCUCACGAAGUUGUAAAAGUGGGUGGAGCUGGAAACAAGAUCAUCCAGCUCGUUGAAGGGAAGGCUUCUGCUUAUGUCUUUGCCAGUCCAGGCUGCAAGAAGUGGGACACGUGCGCUCCUGAGGCCAUUCUGCACGCUGUUGGAGGUAAACUGACUGACAUGCACGGCAAUGCAUACCGCUAUAAUGCUAAUGUAAAGCACAUGAAUUCUGCCGGCGUUCUCGCAACGCUACGCAACCACGAGUACUACAUCAGCAGGGUGCCACAGUCAGUGCUGCAAGCCCUCAAGUCAGAUUGAGGUCUGUGUCUGUCUGACAUCACACUAAUGCCCCUCGUGGUCCAGAGAUUCAGCACUUUAAAUUCAUCCACACAUGCAGGAAUCUACUCUGUGAAAAUGUCAUUAAAUCUUAAAUAGAACAUGAUUUCAAACUCA